UCGCAGAAAGACCCUCAGCGCCCGGCGCGCGGGAGGUAUUGUCGGUCAUCCCGGGCUUUGUUACGUCGUCGCAUUCUCACCUGACCGCAGGCGCGUCCUGGCAGCUGCAGCCGGGAGAGGGGGACCAGUUGCCGUCGCCGCCGCCGUCGCCGCCAUGGUGUCCCCGGUCACCGUGGUGAAGAGUGAGGGACCCAAGCUGGUGCCCUUCUUCAAGGCCACCUGUGUCUAUUUUGUGCUCUGGCUGCCCUCGUCCAGCCCAUCGUGGGUCAGCGCCCUCAUCAAGUGCCUGCCCAUCUUCUGCCUCUGGCUCUUCCUUCUGGCCCAUGGCCUAGGAUUCCUGCUUGCCCACCCCAGUGCCAUUCGCAUCUUUGUGGGGCUCGUCUUCUCCACCCUGGGUGAUGCCUUCCUCAUCUGGCAGGACCAGGGCUACUUUGUGCACGGUCUACUGAUGUUUGCCGUGACUCACAUGUUCUACGCAUCGGCCUUUGGCAUGCGGCCACUGGCUCUUCGGACAGGUCUGGUGAUGACAGUGCUGUCGGGCCUGUUCUAUGCCUAUGUCUACCCGGGCCUCUCAGGUGCCUUCACCUACUUGGUGGGGGUCUACGUGGCCCUUAUCAGCUUCAUGGGCUGGCGGGCUAUGGCAGGGCUACGGCUGGUUGGGGCAGCCUGGCGCUGGACUGAGCUGGCAGCAAGUGGUGGUGCACUGCUCUUUAUCGUCUCAGACAUGGCCAUCGCCCUCAACAAGUUCUGCUUCCCCAUUCCCUACUCACGGGCACUCAUCAUGUCCACCUAUUAUGCUGCCCAGAUGCUCAUUGCCCUGUCAGCUGUCGAGAGCCGGGAGCCAGCGGAAGACUACAGACUGAGCAAGGCCAAUUGAGAGGCUAGGGUCUGGUAACCCCUUUGUCCUCCUGGGGCUGGGGUCCAGAACCUGGGACCCACAAGAGCUGGUUCAGGAUGGUUGAAGUACCAGCCUGGGGCAGCAGGGACCACCUGGAAAAUGUACAAGUUUGAGGGGGUAAGCAGGAAAUGAUCUCUCUAGCAAAGCUAGUGGUCCAGAACAAUGCUGAGAGCUAAAAAGAGCUAAACUAAUGCUCCUUGCUAGAGCCAGAAGUAGACAUCUCCUCACCUCUACCCCAUCAGGACUGUCAAAGCCCUUCUUUGACAGGAGGGCGAUGGUGCUUGGCUUCUUGACCUCCCCGUACUUCUACUAGAUGGGAGAGUCUGACUCACCCAUUCUACUCUUUCUGAUCUAUGUAGAGUUGAAGGGGAGGGGAGAAAUCUGUGCCAGGGCUUUAAGCCCCUUUUACAGGCCCCUAAUUGGGAAGAUUGGAUGAGGGUAG